CAUACAGAUGAAAAUUAUAAAUUGUUGUUCCUGAUUGAGCUCGAUCGCUAUUCUUAUUCGUAUUAGCUCUCGAGCUAAAAUGUUUUCGAUUGUGAAAAUUUUGCUGUUUAUCACGGGCUCUUGCCUAGCCUUCAACAACAAAACCUUUCCGGAAAAUUUCAAAUUUGGGGUCUCAACAUCCGCCUACCAGAUAGAGGGAGGUUGGAACGAAGAUGGCAAGGGUGUCAGCGUGUGGGACUACAUCACGCACUACAAAAGCUCCUUCAUCCUGGACCAUAGCAACGGGGACGUGGCCUGCGACUCCUACCACAAGCUCGACGAAGACAUAGCCAUGCUCAAACACCUCGGAGUCGACUUCUAUCGUUUCUCCAUCUCCUGGAGCAGGAUCAUCCCCACCGGCAGGGUCAACCAAGGCGUCAACCUGGCCGGUGUUAACUACUACAGGAACUUGCUGAAGAAACUGAAGGAGAACAACAUAGACGCCAUGGUGACCAUAUUUCAUUUCGACCCUCCGGAGCAAUUGCAAGCUGAGAGUAUGUUCGUGAACGGAAGUCUCAACAGUUUGUUCGUUGACUACGCUAGGAUGGCUUUUCUGCUUUUCGGCAAGGAUGUUAAAUACUGGGUGACCUUCAACGAGCCCAGGGGCGUAUGCUGCGAUUUUUUGGAGCGGUUCUCCUUGCAACCUGGCAGGGAUUCGUAUACUUGUACGCAUAAUAUCAUCAAGUGCCAUGCGCAGGUGUACAGGAUGUAUGAUGAGGAGUUUAGGGCUGAUUAUGGAGGCAGCGUGGGCAUAGUCCUGAAUACCAAUUGGGACGAACCUGCAUCAGACAAACAGGCCGACAUCGACGCGGCAGAGAGGAAGCUUCAGUUCGAGUUCGCGUGGUACGCCGACCCUAUAAUUCACGGAGAUUAUCCCGAACUCAUGAAAAAGAGAAUAAAACAGUUCACUCUACCUUUUAUGCCAGACCGACUGCCAAAGUUUACAGAAGACGAGAAGAAAUACAUAAAGGGUACGGCAGAUUUUCUCGGUGUUAAUCAUUAUGCUAGCAGCUACGUCAGUGAUAAGCCAGAUUUUGGUUUGUUCAGGACAUUCGAAAAGGACGUGGGAAUAUUGAUGACCUACGAUCCAGCAUGGAAUACUACCUCAUUGGACUGGUUCCGUGUAACUCCAUUUGGGAUGAGGAAGAUUUUAAACUGGGUUCAUAAAAAUUAUAAAAUUCCAUUAAUUAUAACAGAGAACGGAUAUGUUGACGGUACUGGAGAUUUAAACGAUGAUGGGCGAAUCAACUAUCUACAGAGCUACUUGAGCAACGUGUUGGAUGCAAUGUAUAUCGAUAAAGUUGAUGUCAUUGGAUAUUCUACAUGGAGUCUUAUGGAUAACUGGGAGUGGACAAGUGGCUACACCCAGAAAUUUGGACUUUACUACGUGAAUUUCUCCAGUCCAAACACAGAACGCAUACCAAAAAAGUCAGUGUCGUACUACAAAAAAGUAGUGGAAUCUCAUUGUGUAGUGGAUGAAUGUGAAUGAUAAUGAUGCUAGAGGAAAAAAUCAAAAAAUGAAAAGAAAGAAGCAACUAUUAGAAAUUUAUAAUCGACUACAAUUGAAGUAUAGUUGAAAUCAUCAUUUUAUAGUAAUUACUAUACAUGAGUAUGGAGAAUGAAUCUCAACGGACCAUCCAAAAAUUAGAAAAUUCAACAAAUCGCAAAAUUUCCAGUAAAAUCUAUUGUUCUUUUAGCACAUUUUUAUAAUGAAAUGUAAAUACUUUGCAUAUUGUUUAUUAUUAGCUAAAAGACUAUUGUGUAUUUAAAAUUGAAAUUGUAAAUAAAUAUUAUUAUUAUUAUUA